AUGUCAGUGCAAGCAUACGAGUUAUAUCUUCCAGAAUAUUGUCCAGAUAAUAAAUAUUAUUUCGCAAAAGAUGUUGCCUUUAUAGAACCUACUACUGUUUCUAUUCAAAAUUCAACUCUUUGGGCAAUUGUUGAUUCAUUGGAUCGAUUAACUGCUCCAAUGACUGUUGUUUUAACAAAAACCAAUGGAUAUUCAUCAGAAUUAUACAGAACAGUUUGCAAUUAUCCAUUUACUUUUCCAAUUCCGACAAUAUUUGAAAUAACUUCGAUUGAUGCAAAAACAACAUUUUAUAUACCAGGAGAUCGAUUUCUUCAGUUUGAUGCAACAAGUCCUUGCGUUCAAGUAUUAAAUAAUCAAUGGCAGCCAAAUGAAUUUCGCUAUCAUACUUUAGCAGCCUUUUAUCGACUUGGCAUUAUACCUACCAUAUCACAAUCUGUAUUUUCCGAGCAACAACAGUUUUCAAAAAUCUCAGAAACUUUCUUCGAAAAAUUUAAUUUACAUCCUCCUCUUGCAAUGGCAUUACAAGCAAUAUUCAAGAAUCUCUACUUCGCUUUUCACUUUUUCGGCUUCGAUUUUCCUACAACAGCCGCUCAAAAACAGUCAUUACAAGCAGUUCAAGCUUUAGCGCAAGUUGUUACAUCAUCUAACGAUACACAGCGAUUGUUUGCCAUUUCUGAGAUGAAAUGGAUGAUAAACAACUGCAGAAGAUUCUGUUUUCCCGAUAGUCAAUUACCAAACGGAGUUAUUUCAGCCGAAAUGUACCAAUCUCUAAUGGAUACAAUGUCAUUCAUACGAACAACCCUCGCCAAGCUUAAUAUCAUAUCAAAUGGUGCAAAUGCCGAAGAAAAUUUACUAAAUGGAAUCAAAAUCUUCCAAAAAAUGCACGGAUUGCCAGUAGGAGCUUGCGAUAUGUUCACACUUAGACAUCUCGUUAACUGUAUCACUCCAUCUACCUGUGAUUUCCUAGUUUUUUGCAAAUACUGCAAUAUGCUUCCUCCAACUCAGUCUCCUCUCUCUUUCAGGGCUGGAAUCAAACGAAUCACAACAAUGUAUGCUGAUCCGAGUAUCUCCACCCUCGAACAAGCCUUCAACGACGCAUUGAGCAUCGUAAAAACUCACAACGAAGGACCAUCGUGGCUUGUUAGAGAAGCAGAGAAUUCCAUUGACAGACACAUGAAGAGACUGGACACAGCUGUUGACAAGUCAGAGAAUGUUGAGCAGAGAGUGUCUGUUGUCAAGAAAACACUGAAAGAAAUCGAAAAAGCAAACAGCGAAUUGGCCGAACAUGUUGAUGAAUCAGGAAGACUUUUGGACCAAGUUUUGGACGAACACCAGGCAAUGAUAGAGAAAUUCACACACUUGGAACAAAGAAUACAUGACAUACAUAAGGGAAACAGACUUAUGUUCAUUAUUAAUUUGAUUUUAGUUUUAAUUGUUGUUUGGAGAUUUAUUUUCAAAUGA